GAAGACUUUCUACGAUUGCUUAAUUCUGUUACACGACUGUCAAUCACAAGUCUCCAACCCGUUUUCUUAAAUCUUGGAAAGUAAUAAGUUUUUGACUUGUUUGAAGAUGUGCUGCUCGCAUGGGUCAUUUCUUUGACGCUGGCUCUAUAUGUGGUUGGCUAUAAAUAUUAUGAAGGUCAAAGUUGAAGCCCUUCCAGUGCUCGAUGGCGCCUUGCUCGCAAAGAAUGGUGGAUCUUGACAACAACUGAAGUUAUAUCUUAAGAGUCAGAAUGAAGUGCGGUUCUUCUGCUCGACAAGCCAUUUGAAGGCUUCUUUUUUUCCGUCACUUGUUGUUCUCUUUAAGAUGUCUUCUGCGAUGGAGAUUGUGAUUUGAAUGCUCUGUUCCUCAUUUUAUUUCAUUGCUUGAAAGCUUGGCAGAGUUCUUAGAUGUUUCAAGCAAUCUGCAGGAAUGACUUUUGAGGUGAUUUAAUGGCUCAAAAUUGCCGGACGUGAAAAUGCAAAAAUUCUUUUGUCAAAACAAUGGAUUCCAAGCAAGUAGCCUCUGCAAGACAUAUGCGCUCCAAGAGUGAUUCUGAUAAGAGAGUCAAGAAGGAUAAGCUGGAUUCAUCACUCAAAUCUUGUCGCCAUCUUAUGCUGGAUAUAGAUACUAAGGGGCAAACUGACGCCAAGAGCGGACCAUCUCCUGACAAUGAAGUCCGAAGCUCUUUGAAGCAAGAGAUUCAGCAACUUGAGAAACGGCUCCAGGAUCAACUUGUUAUGCGCCGUGCUCUGGAGAAAGCGCUGGGGUACAAGUUUCCUGUUGUUGAUUUGUCGAGUGACAGUUUGAUGUCCAAGCCCACCAAGGAACUGAUUAGGGAGAUUGCUAUGUUGGAAUUAGAGGUUAUGUAUCUGGAGCAGUAUCUUUUAUCCCAGUAUCGAAAAGCUUUUGAACAGCAGAUAUCCAGUUUAUCACCCACUGCUGUUAAAGACAGGGAGAGACAGCCGCUGGGCUCUCAGUCAAGGCUACUAUCGGAUGCCACCACAUCGAACUUCCCAUCCAGAAAAGAAAAUCCAGCAUUUCAGCUGUCUAGUCGGAUGAUGCUUCCCUGCAAGUCAGCCACCAAAUCCGUAGAUGAAGCCUGUGCUGUCCAUAGCCUAGAGAAGCACAGCCAUGGCAUCAGCUGGAGUCAUUCCUCUCUCUUGCAACUUGCAGUUUGUUCGACUAGAGUGUCACCUUCUGCUAAGAAACUAACCAGAGCUCUCGAGGCAUGCCAUACCUUACCAUUAUCUUUUCCUGAGCAUGGACGGAAUGCUGACUCGGGAGGGGUGACAAGCCUCGCAGAUCAUCUUGGAACUAGAAUUGCCGAUCACAUUCCAGAGACACCCAACAGACUCUCUGAAGACAUGGUCAGGAGCAUGGGCGCCCUGUAUCGCAGUUUGGCUGAGUCUCCUCUGGUGCAUCAAGCCCUCUCAUCUUCUCCUACUUCGUCCUUCUUGUCAAAGACUACAUUUUCUCCCAAUUUUAUGGGAUAUACAUCAAGUCCUGGCCGUAAAAGAGAAUCCACUCUAGAUGCACGCUUGGACAAUCGCUUCCAGGUCGAAGGAUUAAAGGAGUACGGCGGACCUUACAGUGCAAUGCUAGAAGUAACUUCUAUUGGCAAGAAGAGUCGAAGAUUUAACGAUGUCAACGGCUUGCUGCACGACUAUCAAUUGCUUGUCCAUCAAUUGGAAACCGUUGAUCCCAGAAAGAUGAAGAACGAGGAGAAGCUUGCCUUCUGGAUCAAUGUGCACAAUGCUAUGAUGAUGCAUGCGCAUCUAGAGUAUGGGAUCCCUCAAAAUAACAUGAAAAGGGCAUCAUUACUCAUGAAGGCUAAAUAUAAUAUAGGUGGUCGUACUAUAAAUGCAGACAUGAUACAAGGUUCAAUUCUGGGAUGCCGUACACAUCCUCCUCGACAGUGGCUUCGGAUAUUACUCUCCCCCAAAAUGAAGUUCAAAGAUGGAGAUGAGUGGCAAGCCUAUGCCAUUGAGCAUCCUGAACCUCUGCUACAUUUUGCACUUUGUUCAGGAAGCCAUUCAGAUCCUCCGGUCCGCAUAUACACUCCAAAGAGAUUGUUCCAACAGCUGGGAGUUGCAAAAGAGCAGUACUUCCAGGCUACCGUCUGUACUCGAAAGGAUCAGACGAUUCUUUUACCAAAGAUUAUAGACUCUUUUGCAAAGGACUCCAAUUUAAGGGAGCAAGGUUUACUGGACAUGAUUCGAUGCUAUCUUCCUAAGACUCUAAGAAUGGUUGUGCGUCGAUGGCAACAGAAAAGAUGCUGCAAGAUCAUUGAAUGGGUACCUCACAACUGCACUUUCAGGUAUUUGCUUUCGAGAGAAUUGACAAAUCUUUAGAUAAACUGACACCAUCUAAUGUUUCUAUUGGAGAACAUGGUCCGCCUCUGUGCAUUAGAUGGAGGUGAGUUGGGUCCUUUUUUUUUUUUUAAUUUGAGUGCGCGUGGAGUGUAUAAAAGAGUUGAUUUAUGAGGAUAUAAAGGCUGCUGACACUGUAUUGGUGUACAUAAUUCAGUGGUACUUGCACAAGGUGGACAUCAGAUUAGCCUCU